GCACCGAGGCUUUUCGUGCAUGCCAUGUAUAUGAGCGCAACAGGAGCAGCUACAGCUGAACAAAAUGAACGAAGAAUACCGAGUACCAUCAACUUACACAUUCCAGCACAUUGAAGAGCAAGACAUGAAAGAAGCUGGCGCGGGACUACCCGCCGACCCUGGAUCUACUAUCCUGGGGGAAAUAGACAAUGAGGGGACGCCUCCAUUCCGAUGGCGUGUGACCAGCUGCGACAAGGUCCUAGAUAAGCUUCUACAUUCCGCAUCGCAAAGGUUCCCAAGCGCAGUACAUUGAAACCUUACAUCUACACUACAAAUAUCAUCCGUUUUUCUAGAUUCUUUUCUUUCUUCUGCCUCGCAUCUACCAUUCAUCAAUCGUCGUAGAAUCAACACCACACACUCCACCAUCACCAUGGGCGGCGCACAGAGCACAUCCAACGGACCCACAGCCCAUGAGAAGGCCGUCGUGGACCGUCUGCAGAACAUGCGGGUUGAGGACGAUGAAUACAUUGAGAUCACCGACGAGAAAUGUGGUAACAUUCUUCGCGAAUGGAAGCCACAAGGUCUGGAGCUACAGACGCUCGAGUCGUGGCAGAGCUCCAUCCUGGAAGAUCCCAAGAACAGACUCGCCCUCACAGCCUUGGGCACCGAGAACCCCCGAAAGGUUCUCAUCUCGCUCCCCACAAAGGUCGCCGACCAGCAUGUCUUCAACAUCAAGAUCCCGUUCGAGGGCAGCCCCAUCACCAACCAGCGCUCCAGCGGCCGCUGCUGGCUCUUUGCCUCGACCAAUGUGUUCCGCGUGGCGCUCAUGAAGAAGUACAACCUCGAGUCGUUUGAGCUGUCGCAGGCGUACCUCUUCUUCUGGGACAAGCUGGAGAAGAGCAACUGGUUCCUGGAGCAGAUUAUCGACACGGCCGCGGAAGACCUCGACGGCCGGCUGGUGCAGCACCUCCUCGGCGACAUUGUCAGCGACGGCGGCCAGUGGGACAUGGUGUACAACCUCGUCGACAAGUACGGCCUCGUCCCGCAGGCGCUGUACCCGGACAACUGGAGCGCCAUGAACUCGGGCGUCCUCAACAGCAUCGUCAAGACGAAGCUCCGAGAGUUCGCCCUCAAGCUGCGCGCCCUCUGCCGUCGCGAGCAGGGCAUCUCGGCCGAGUCCCUGUCCGACGUCAAGGCCAAGAUGAUGAAGGAGAUCUCCCUCAUCAUGACGCUCCUGCUCGGACCCCCGCCCGCGCCCAAGGACACGUUCACGUGGCAGUACGCCGACAAGGACGGCAAGACGCACGAGCUGCGCACCAAGCCGACCGCCUUUGCCAAGGACAUUGCCAGCCCCGAGUUCCGCGUCACGUCCAGCACCAUUGCGCGCAUGAUCUCUCUGGUCCACGACCCGCGCCACGAGCCCCUGACGCUGCUCAGCGUGUCCCGCCUCGGCAACAUUGUCGGCGGCCGGGGCGUGACGUACGUCAACGUCGACAUGGCGACGCUCAAGCAGGCGUGCGUGCGCACCCUCAAGGCCGGUCUGCCCAUCUUCUUUGGCAGCGACGUGGGCAAGUUCAGCGACACGGCCUCGGGCGUCAUGGACCUCGACCUCUUCAACUACGACCUCGGCCUCAACACGUCCCUGGUCCGCGGCCUGUCCAAGGCCCAGCGCCUGCGCGCGUGCGAGUCCCAGAUGACGCACGCCAUGGUCCUCACGGCCGUGCACGUGGACGAGAAGACGGGCCAGCCGGUGCGCUGGCGCGUGCAGAACUCAUGGGGCGAGGCGGCGGGCGAGAAGGGCUGGUUCGUCAUGAGUGAUGCGUGGAUGGACGAGUUUGUGUACCAGGCCGUGAUCGAUCCCAAGUUUGUCGGCAAGGAGGUCAGGGACGUGCUGGGACAGGAGCCGACCGUCCUGCCCAUCUGGGACCCGAUGGGUGCGCUGGCUUGAGCGAUAUAUGAUGUAUAUGGGUAUUGAGCAUUGCUCAGGCAACUCAUCGCCGCAUAUGUCGUGUCACAAUCAAUUUAGAGAACAAUCAUGCAAUUUUGGCCCUCUUUCUUGUGAUUAAAGCUAGUGUUGACGAGCAUAGAGCCACGUGAUGACCACUAUCAUGAUCCAGGGGCUGCAAACAUGAACGCAAUCCUCGUACGCGGUAGCUAUGAUCCCAUUUCUAGUCGUGGCAUGUUUGUGGCUGGCAUUGGCGAGGAGAUGGACCAGCCCUUUGAGGCGUUGGUGAUUGAUAGGUCUUCCUGCGGCCACUUCUACAUCUGUCCUAUACAGUAAGACUACAUUGACCAUCCCAUCACCCCACUUCUAUAUGCUUCAAGCCUCGAACAUUGGUUUGUGUAGAUAGGACCAUUAUGUGUAGACUGCCUGGCG